AUGGAGGUGAUAGAUCAUUAUGAGAAUCCUCGGAAUGUUGGUUCUCUGGACAAGAAUGACGCUAUGGUUGGUACAGGUCUGGUGGGAGCACCAGCCUGUGGAGAUGUUAUGAAGCUUCAAGUUCGGGUGGACAGCAGCAAAAUAAUUGAUGCCAAGUUCAAAACAUUUGGUUGUGGUUCAGCCAUUGCUUCAUCAUCUCUAGCAACAGAAUGGGUUAAAGGCAAAACACUGGAUGAAGCUCUGAAGAUCAAAAAUGUUGACAUUGCAAAGGAACUAAAUCUGCCACCUGUCAAGCUUCAUUGCUCCAUGUGCCAUCAGGGAAAACAAAGCAUUCAGAGAUAUGUGUAG